AUGUGGCCCUUUUCGUCGUCGUAUCCAGAGGUGCGCGCCGCCGAGGUCGAUGGCCAGACGUUUGACUACAUCAUCGUUGGAGGCGGCACCGCUGGAUGUGUUGUCGCGUCGCGUCUGUCCGAAGACGCGUCCGUGUCUGUACUGGUGCUCGAGAAGGGCCACGUCAAGGACAACUUCCUCAGCCGCAUGCCACUGCUCUCUCAAAACUUCGAGUUCCCCCUACUGCAGGUCGUCGCGCGCCUCUCGGAGCCGAUCAGUGAGGUUGGCGGCCGGAGAGCCCGUAUGUGGACCGCCGAAGCCGUCGGCGGCGCCUCGCGCAUCAACGCCAUGCUCCUAACCCGCGGCCUCCCCGGCGGAUACAACCACUGGGCCCACGACUUUGGCCUGGCCGACUGGAGCUGGGACAAGGUGGAGCCUUACUUCCGCAAAAGCGAGCGCGCCGUUGCCCACCCGCACGCGGCCCACCGCGGCCAUGACGGGCCCAUCGAGAACAAGCAAGCCGACACCCUGCUCGGCUGCAUCCCAUACGUCGAGCGAGCUGCCCGCGCUGUGGACCUGCCCGUCCACCAAGACAUGAACGACCCCAGCGCCAGCGCCCAGGGCUACUUCCAUCUGGACCAGACGGUCAAUGCAAAGGGCGUCCGCGUCUCUGCCUACGAAGCUUGGCUCAACCGUCGCGUCGCUACCGAGAGGAAGUCUCACCUGACAGUUUGCACGGGCGUCGUCGCCUCAAAACUUGUGGCUAACCAAGACGGCACCCGGGUUGGGGCUGUCAAGAUCAGAAAUGUUGGGCCAGGAAAUGGGUCCCGCGAUUUUGUGGUCAACGCUCGGCGGGAGGUCAUUGUUUGCAGCGGCUCUGUCUGCACCCCGCAGCUGCUCAUGCUGAGCGGCAUUGGACCAAGGGAUCAACUCGAACAGUUUAAUAUCCCCGCCGUGCGCGAACUCGAUGCGGUGGGGAGAAACCUGUCCGACCACGCCUCCUUUCCAGUCUUGAUGCAGCUUCCACGGAAGCACACGCUACACACGCUGGAAAACGGACUGGUCUUCUUCUGGAACUUGAUCCUCUAUAUUCUUUUUGGAACCGGCCUGCUCGCAAUCGGCACAACUGCACGGAGCAUCUUCGUUCGCACCACGGCGUUGGACGAACAGACGAUGACUGUGCGGAGCACGGACGACGAAGGGAAUAGCACAUUAGAUCCUUCCAUGCCCCGCAACGUACCGGACGUGGAGGUCAUGGUCAUCCCCGUUAACUGUCUCGCCGAGUCUGUUCCUGGAAGGGUCCUCUUUGGAUGGUACUCGACCCUUGUUCAGCCCUUCUCCCGUGGCCGCGUCGAGCUGGCAUCAACCGACCCGCAGGAUCACCCAAAGACGAACUACCCCAUGUUGACUGACCAGCGCGACCUCGUGCCCAUGCGCAAAGCGACACGCUUCUCCAUGCGUCUCGCCGACGAGUUCGCCAACAAUUGUGAUUAUCCACACCCAGCACCACUGAUCUUUGCCCCUGGUAUGGACUUGGACUGGUUCGACUCCAUCUGUCAGCCAAACAAGGGUAAAAGUUGGUGGUCGGGCGGGGGUAAGGCCAAGCCCGACAUAUCGCCCGCCCCGGGUGUCCCAGUGCCGCCUCUGGCUGUCGGGCAGGCGCCGCUGCAGAAGGCUGCCGUUACACGCGAGAAGUCUCGAGAACACGAGCAGCAGCAAAGGCGGAGCUGGCAGACAGUGUCCGACACAGAGAUAGACGAAUAUGCGAAGCGCGUGUGCGUGUCGAGCUUCCACUUCAGCUGCACGUGCCGCAUGUCGCUUGAUGCCACAGAUGGCGUUGUCGACCAGCGGUUGAUGGUCCACGGCUUUGAGAAUUUGCGCGUGGCUGACGCGAGCGUCUUCCCUCAGAUUCCCAGCGCGCAUACCAUGGCACCGACCGUCAUGGUUGCAGAACGCUGCGCCGACUUUGUGAAGAGCAAGUGGGCCGAGGAGAAGACCAAGUAG